AUGUUGAAUCAUUUAGUUCUGGAUCAAAAACCGACUCCAUCAACCUCGCUGGAAAGUUUCCUAGAACGCGGAGUGCAGCUGGAAGUGCGUACCCUGAAAUACUCGGAGCUAUGGUUUUCGGGCCUUUCCGGCAGCGAUGUAGAAGAUGAGAGUGAUGAGAGUGAUAGUGAUGAUGAUAGCGAGAUGAUGAUAGAUUGCAAUCGCUCCAAACGUGACGAUUUUUCUGCUGAAAAACCAGACAAAAAGCUUGGCUACCUGCACUACGAAGCGAACGAUGACAACCCGGAAGCAGUUAAAACUAUUUGUAAUAGCAUCCCGUCCCAUCCCUAUGGACUAGGGGAAGUAAAGAUAGAACCUGACCUGCGAAUGCGGAUCCAACGGAUGGGAAUUCCGGAAGAUAACGGUAGCGAGCAGACGUCGACGAACGGCACCGAAGCAUGCUUAGUUAACAUCAACACUGGUCUCCAGGCGCCUGAACCAGUUUUUAUCCAAGGACCAGUGCUCCAGUAUCCAACCUUUUUCGGAAGUAUGUUUUGGAUGCAAUGUGAACGCAGCACAAUUUCUUGCCAAGACAAGUUACUGGUCGGCUUCAACGUAAAGGGUUUCAACAUCAUAUGUUACUCCGGAACGACGUUUUACAUUCCAGAAUUGGAGCGAAUGGUGGAUGCUAGAUCCUUGUAUUGCGAGGAGGAAACUCGUAAUCCCUUCAUAACCGCUGAGGUACAAACCACGACUAUACCAUGUGGGAAUGGAGAAGGCCUGUUUCAAUAUAUUGGAUUCACAACAGCUGAAGGUACAUUUAUACCCUACAUUCAGUCUUGCUACAAUAUCAACAUGGAAUCUGCCAUUUACACAACUCACUCUAUUCGAGGCAUAGCGAUGGAAUAUGCAAUCCCUGAAGGUAGGCGACCAAGUUUCAAAACGCCGGGCACUGGUAUACAUUUUAAACGCGGCUCUUACACGCAAAAGCAACAGAAUACUUACUUGCAACGUGGUCAUCUAACUCCCCAUGCAGAUGGGAUUUUUCGAUCGUGGAGAUGGGCCACCUAUUUCUACAUAAAUGUAGUUCCAAUGUGGCAGGGCAUCAAUAAUGGAAAUUGGGCCAAAGUGGAAGACGAAGUUCGAAAAAUGGCUGAUCGCCUGCGAGAGGACGUACUUAUAUUUACCGGAGCUCAUCAUGUCCUGGAGUUGCCUCUUGUAAAUGUCGGACAAAUGCCCAUUUUUCUUGAAUACGUAGGCGUCCCUGUUCCGAAGUGGUUGUGGAAAAUUAUCAAAUCGCCCAGAACAGAUUCCGGUAUCGCCUUUAUCACCUACAAUAACCCCUUUCCCCCCCAAGACAAUAUGCCCAUUAUGGAUCCACUCUGUUUGGAUGUAUGCCACUUAUACGGAUGGCUCAGAGAUAGUUUCAGUGACAAUACCAAAGGAUAUACUUAUUGCUGUAUCAUUAGGCAGUUGAUGGAUGCAAUCCCAACCAUUCCAGCAGAAGCUGACGCCUCAAGAGUACUGGGCUAUCUAGCCUAA